AAAUAUAAAAGGGAACUUAAAUAAAAAAAAUUAUUCACUCAAGACAUCUUUUUAUGUUGUAAUAAUUUGAAAAAUAGAUUGAUUAAAAUAAAAUGCUUAAUACCUUUAAAAUAUAUAUUAUGUUGUUUAAGAUUAUCUUUUAAGAGAGAAUAUUAUUUCUUUACUUUAAAAUCAAGAUUAUUUUGUAAUUUUUUUUUUUUAUGAAUUACAAUAUGUAUAAAAGAUAUUUUCGUUGUUAAAAUUUUGAAAAUUUCUUUAUACAUAGGUGAUCUGAAAAAAAAAGAAAACUAAAUCAAAAGAAAAAUAAAACAAAAUAAAAAAUAUAUUUAAUAAUGAUAAUUAUAUAUAUUUAAUUUAUUAAAUGUAUCAUCGUAAUCAACCACCAUGAAAAUUAACAUGAAUGCGACACGAAGGAAACCGACUUCUCAAAUAAUAUUAUAGAGAUAUAUACAAUAUAUUUAAAAAUUAAACCUAAAAUUAGCAUUACUUAAGCAUAUCACUUAUUUUUAAUUUUUAAAAAUAAUUAGAAAAUUUUGUUAUGUAUUUCAAAGUUAAAAAUUUUCUCGCAUGGCAUCUGGCAUAUAAAGAGUACAAUUAAGAAUUAAGAAGAUUUAGCAAUUAUAAAUAAAUAUAUAUAUAUAUAUAUAUAUUAAUUAUAAUUAAGAAUAAUAAGAUAAGCAAUUGUAUAUAUUAUUUAUUUUUUGAAAUAUACUAUAUUUAUUCUGAUAUUGUAUAAGUUUAUCUAAUAUAUUGUUGAUUUGAUUAGCUUAUUUGAUUAGAAUAUGAUUAUCUUCUUAUUAAUAUAUUUAGAGAAAAUUUUCGUAAAUUGCUAUCUAAUUUUCCAUCUCUUUAGUUAUAUUUUUCUAUAAAAUAUUAAAGGUGUUUAAAUCAUUAUAAUAAUUACUUCAAUAUUUUAUUAGCUUAGCACAUAUUAUUAUACGCUAUUAUUACCUUAUUAUAUGUAAAUGUAAAUUCGAAGGGUGCUUAGAUGAAAGGCAAUUGAUUUCAUGUACUGUAAAUCAUAUACUUAGACAAUUAUUAUAGAAAAAUAUUUUUAAACCAUAAUGUCAUUUAUAAAUGGUGGAUGACAAUACUGUGGUCUUAUGUUUAGGGAGACUACAGUGUUAAAUCCAGAAUUCUGUAAAAAGUGAUUUUUAAACAAAACCCAAAUUAAGAUAAGCUACAGUGUUUCAAUUUCUUAUCAAUGUAGUAAAACUGAAAUUAGUAGACAAUAUUCCAUCUGUUCCGGAAUACAAAAUAUUUAAUUUUUUUUUAUGUUCUAGUAUAUAAGAUGCUUUUAUAUUUAUAGGUAAUUUUAAGGUUAUCAAAAAUUGUAUAGUUUAUCAAAUUUAAUAGUUUUAUUUUGUAAUUAAUUUAUAAUUUAUAAUUUUAGUGAUAUUUUAUAAGUAAAAAGUAACUUUUUUAAUAAAUGUGUUUUUGUGUAAAAUGUCUUAUAUUUAAGAACGGAUGGAGUAUUAUUAUAUCGGGUUAUGAAGUUACAAAUUAAAUUAGACUUAAUUUCAAUAAACCAAAAUAUAAUAUAUCUUUUGGCAAUAAAUAAAAUAUAUCUAUAGGAAAAUAAAAAUUAUAACUGAUUUGGCAGUUGUGUCUAUUUGUUGUUUAUCAAUAGAGGAAGAAAAUAUAGAAAGUGAUGUGCGCCGCAGCAAAACGACACGUACCAAAGUAAACGCGUGGUCUUCUCUCUGACUUAUGCCCGCACGAAAUUUAUUAGAAAAAGCCAUUAUAAGUAGUCAAACAAUUAAAGACAUUUAAAGAAAAGAAUCCGUAAAAAUAGCAAAAAGACCAAAAAACAAGAUGCCACGAAAUUGCUAAUAAUUACGAAAUACUACAACUUCUUCAGACUCCUCAUAACUUGUCUGUAUAAAUACGAACACUCUCUUCUCAUAAACUCCACAAAAACAAGUUCUCGUACUUUGCUUAACAAAAAAAAAAGAGUCUUUUUGUUUUGUCUAAAUGGCGCCGACAGUAAAAACGGCGGCCGUUAAAACCAACGUCGGCGAAAAGAAAGAGCACCAUUACCGAGGAGUGAGAAAGAGGCCAUGGGGUCGUUACGCCGCGGAGAUCAGAGAUCCGGUGAAGAAGGUUCGAGUCUGGCUCGGCUCUUUCGACACUGCCGAAGAGGCGGCUCGUGCCUACGACAAAGCCAAUCUCAAUUUUCGCGGCGCAAAAGCCAAAACCAAUUUUGCUUAUCCUGACUUCGUCCACGACGAGAGUGCGAGCCAAAGCAGGACCGUCGUAUCAUCGACGACGACGAUGAGCGAUCUCAAUCUUGAAACCAGGUUCCCUUUCCCGAAGGUUCAGGUCAAGUCCGGGAUGUUCUUUAUCGAGACGUCAAGGAGCGAAUCGGAAGGAUCGUCUGUGGUGAUGGAUCGUAGUCCAGAGAGACCAUCACGCCUCCCCUUGGAUUUCGAUCUCAAUUUCCCUCCAAUGCCUGAGACCUAAUUCUUAUUAAUUGGAUAUCAUUAUGAACAUGGGAUUUUAUAACUUUCAGAUGAAUUAAAUGUUCUUAAAUCCAAAUCUAAAGAUGUCGUAUCUUCUUAUUCAUAAAUGUUAGUGCCAAAAAUCUUCUUCUUUUUUUGUCAGCAGAGAGUUAAAAAAGUAUUUGUGUUCUCAUGAUCUGCUGUUGUUUAUCAUUAAUUGCAUAUCUUUUGUAUUUUCUGAUCAACAUAAAUAAAACUUUGUUUUGUCAUA